AAAGCCGAGACCCUGGUGAGUGUGGGCACAGACAGCAUCAUGCGCUUGAUAGUCGUAACGAUUCUACUGGCAGUAGUCUGCUUGGUUAGGUCUCAGAAAUCUGAGAUCUCAGCCAAAGACCUCGAAUUUGCGCCCGCCCCAGUAAAGCUCGACAAGAACCUGCGACAAGCAUUGCUAAAGGCUCUAACGGAACUGGAGGCCGAGUCGGCGGAGCAGCGAAAAGACGAUGAUGAGAAAUCGUUCUUCACGACUGUCAAAAAGACUUUUGACGAUGUUCUCAAAAAUACGAAUCUGAAUACGAAUAGCGUGAUACCGAAAGCCUCCUUGUCGUUCGACGGUUUCCCGGGAGAUGAAGACAUUCUCAACGAGGAGAAGCUGCAAAAUUCAAGCUUCCUCGAAGCGAAGAAGUACGUUACUCCGAGUUCAUCGCCGAUGAUCAUAGAAAAAGCUAGUUACGACGACGCUAGAAGCUUCCACGUGCACAAUGUAAUUGUACCGGACAAGAAUCCAUCGACUUAUUUGUCGCGAAGCGAGUCCAAGGUAGAUUCGUUGGAAACGAAAAAUCUAAAGGGUUCCGUAAGUUCAUCUUCGGUCAACAGAGUCGAGAGUGUGACGUUGAAGCCGAUCACGCUGUCUGAGAGCUUAACGCAAAGUGCGACCAAUGGACUCGUGAGUACCAAUGCGUUAAUUGCGCCGAAACCAACUGCAUCUAGUCCGACUGUUUCGCCCAAAGACAACGUCACUUUGCCUUCUUCCAACGUAAAUGAGGAAAAAUCUCCAGCGGAGGAAGUGAAAAUCUUUCAGGCGCCUCUUGUGGCAGCCUUCACGGUACAACAGGACGAGCUCGGUGUUCCGAAGAGCGUCGUGCCGAUUUACAGGCAAACGGGUGACGGACAAGCUCUGACUCUUCAAGAGCAAUUGGAGUUUAAGCAAAAGCUACUGGAGCAACAACUAGCGGAACUGCAACAGCAGCAAAUUCAGCAGACCCAGUUUCUCGUUAGACAACGUCAGCUUUACGAGCAGCAGUUGAGACAGAAGCACCAGCAACUGUAUUUGCAGGAACAGGCUAGAAUCAAGCAGUUUGAGGAGCAGGCCAAGAUCAAGCAACUGGAGGAGCAGCGCUUGAAGCAACUUGAAGAACAGAGAAUUUAUCGUUUGAAUCAGCACAAUCACUUUCCUUUGCAGAAGCAGCACAUUUUCCAACAGACGAACGUGUUGCCGCUUCAGGCAUCUGUGGACCCUGCUGUUCAUCUUCAGCCGAGUGUAACUCUGGAAGUUCCCAACGCCGUCGCGCCGCCGCUAUUCCGUACCAACUAUCAGGAGCAGUUGCAAUUCCAACAGUUUCAGCAGCAACCUCAACAACAUCACCAGCAACCUCAGCAACAUCAACAGCAACCUCAGCAACAUCAACAGCAACCUCAGCAACAUCAACAGCAAUCUCAGCAACAUCACCAGCAACCUCAGCAACAUCAUCAGCAGCGAUUGCAUCAGAACUUCGUGUCGUUUCCUACCGAUUUUCAACCACCUGUAGCUCCAGCUACCAGAUUCAACAGACAGGAGGCCUUCAACGCAGUUGGUAAUUUCGGCUUCAAUCUAGACAACAAGCAACCGCCUCCGUCGAGGAACACGUUCAACUUUAUCGCGCCAACAAGGAAUCCCAAUACAUUCAUUUACAAUCCUUACACGCAAUUUAGGCAGACUCUCCCGACGAGAGUACAACAGACACCUGCCAAGCAGAUUCAGCGUUUGCUUUAUCAGUCGGGCAUCGCCGGCGAAUUGGGCAACGUGCAGGGCCCGGGUGCCGAGGAUCUCAACAUCGUGUCCAAGGUGUUGGCGUUAAACGUUGGAGCGUUGCCCAAUAAGAAUUAUCAACUUGCGAGUAAUCGCAGCAAGCUGGGAAGCGCGUGAGAAUAGAGGCAGACGAGCAUAAUCGAUAUAAGACUUCGACGAGUCGUGUAAAUUACUACAGGACGAUAUUAGCAAGGUGAAAUCGAGCUCUCUCUCUCUCUCUCUCUCUUUCUCUCUCUCUCUCUCUCUCUCUCUCUCUCUCAAUCCUUCCAUUUACCUUGCUCUUUCCUCUUGUUUAAUCUCUUCUUUCCGUUCCUAUCAUAUCUUUUACAUCUCUAAUUUUUCAAAGAUUCUCUCUGAUUCUGACACAUGCACGCGCACACAUACAUUAAUAUGCAAAUCAGCUAUAUAUAUGCACGUAGAACAGAACGACAAUGAGAAAUGCUUAUUCAUGGCUCGCGAGAGAACGCGAUGACUCGGUACGUUCAAUAGUAUACAAACCAUGACGAUAGUAACCUUGAAUACUGGCAUCUCUGGGUGAAAUCGAAUCGAUUGCCCGGUUACCUCCCGCGAGAUUUUACUCUCCUACGAUUUUACGACGGCCGGUACGCGUGAGAAGUGUAUUCUAGGAGAGAAUAAUCGGUGUAUAAUGAAGAAGCCAUCAUUUCCUUAAUGAACGUAAUGAUAUUAAUUACAAUUGUACGUACGUCAAACAAGGACUUGUCAGUAGUAGCGCGGCCUUCUCGAGCUUGAAUUACGCAAGUUCGCAUUUAGUUGCAACACAGACACUCUGUAUAUAAUUGUGCGACUCCAGUUUCACUUCCUUAUAUCUAUUCCUUUUGUGGCGGCACUUUCCUCUAUUUCAUUCUUGAUAGAAUAGCGUACACGCGAUCGGGCACCGCCAAUUUCUUCGACAAUCGUACAAGACACGCUCAAUAGAAAAGAAGCACGUAAUCAUAAAACGUAAUAUAGCUGUAGAAACAUAAGUAGAUUUCAACAGGGAAAACUAAUUCUUAUGUUUUUUUUAUCUAAGCAAGGCAAAGUCCUGCCGGACUCACGUCAAUUGUAUUAUCGUCUUGGGUUUGAUUAUGAUUUCGUUCGAGAAUAUAUCGUAAAACUUGGAAAAUUCGUAAAUUUGUACAAGCCUUUUAAAUUAAAAAGAAUUU